GGAAAUUAUGUUUUUUCGUACUCUUCGAAAUGUCAAUAAAAUCGUUCCCUACUGAUCUGUGGAUCUAUUCAAGUCACGCUAAGCCACCCAUCCUUUUUUAGAUUUUUAUGUUUAAUGAGUACUUUAAAAUAAAAUCUGGACAAAUCUCUUAUUAGAGGAGAAAACGGUGUCGUCUCAGAAUUAGUACUACAACCAGGAAGUGUAGACGUCAUAUGACUGGAGAAAAAUGGCUGCUGUGCAGUGGCACUCUCGUGCACGCAGGUAUGAGUCUGAACUGCAGAGCUGUGGCCUGGAGGUCGCCCCAGUGGAGUUUAGCGACUACCAUCCCCUCAAGUCCAUCACUGUGACAGACUCCAAGUCGCGGAGGGGAGCGCGUAAAGGCAGCACCUCCUCCUCUUCCUCCUCUUCCAGCUCUGCGGCACCAGAUCCCCUGAGCUCCAUGCUGGAUGGAACAGACCCCUUGUCCAUGUUUGCUGCAGCCUCUGCCAGCGAGUCCCCCCUAACCCUCUCACAGAGCAGCUCCACUGGGGACUUGGGUAGAGGAAAGAGGAGGGAGAAGGAGGAUGAGGUUGGAGUGGACUUUGAACCGUGGUCAUCCAAACGGGGAGAAAUCCUUGCCAGGUUCACUACCACGGAGAAGCUCUCCAUUAAUCUCUUCAUGGGCUCAGAUAAAGGCAAGGCUCCCAGUCUUGCCUCCUCUGCUGUAUCGGAGAAGGUGCGAACUCGCCUAGAGGAGCUGGAUGACCUGGAAGAGGGGUCUCAGCGGGAGCUGCUGAAUCUGUCCCAGCAGGACUAUGUGAACCGUAUCGAGGAGCUCAACCAGUCUCUAAAAGAGGCCUGGGCCUCUGACCAGAAGGUCAAGGCCCUCAAAAUCGUCAUCCAGUGCUCCAAGCUGCUGUCAGACACAGCUGUGAUUCAGUUCUACCCAAGCAAGUUUGUCCUCAUCACAGACAUUCUGGACACCUUUGGACGUCUGGUGUAUGAGAGGAUCUGGUCCAUGUGUUCUGACCCUCGCCCCCUACCAGAUCCCUGUCCAGACUCCUUUACAGCUGAUGAAGUGAAUGACACGGCCAAGGAGACCUGCCUCAACUGGUUCUUCAAAAUUGCCUCCAUCAGAGAACUCAUCCCUCGACUAUAUGUAGAGGUAGCUCUCCUGAAGUGUAACCGUUUCUUGACCAAGUGUGGGAUCCAGGAGACGGUGCCUCGCCUCACAGCUAUGAUCCGGGGGAUAGGGGACCCCCUGGUGGCCGUGUAUGCCCGGGCCUACCUCUGUAGGAUUGGGAUGGAGGUGGCUCCUCACCUGAAGGACAGCCUGAACAAGAACUUCUUUGACCUGCUGGGGACGUUCCGUCAGAUCCACGGCGACAGUGUCCAGAACCAGCUGGUCCUGCAGAGGGUGGAGAUCCCCGUCUACCUGACCCUCUACUCCCCCGCCAUCCACUGGAUCCUGCAGUGUGUCUCCUACAGAGCACCAGAGGCCCUGCUAACAGAGAUGAUGGAGAGGUGCAAAAAGCUUGGGAAUAAUGCCCUGCUGCUGAACUCGGUGAUGUGGGCGUUCAGGGCGGAGUUUAUCGCGACGAGAGCCACCGACUUCAUCGGCAUGAUCAAGGACUGCGAUGAGGCAGGAUUCCCUAAGCACCUGUUGUUUGGCUCUCUGGGCCGCAGUCUGGCCUGUGCUGACCCUCCUGAGGCAGAAAGGCUGCCCAUCCUCAAUGAGGCCUGGAAGGUCAUCACCAAAGUGCGAAGUCCACAGGAUUACAUCAACUGUGCUGAGAUCUGGGUGGAGUUCACCUGUCGUCACUUCACUAAACGUGAGGUCAACACUGUGCUCUCUGACAUCAUCAAGCACAUGACCCCAGACCGGGCCUUUGAGGAUGCCUACCCUCAGCUUCAGUCCGUGAUACGGAAGAUCCUCACCUACUUUCAUGACUUCUCUGUCCUCUUCUCCAUGGAGCGUUUCCUUCCCUUCAUGGACAUGUUCCAGAAGGACAGCGUCAGGGUGGAGGUGUGUCGCUCCAUCAUGGACGUGUUCAUCAAACACCAGCAGGAGCCCACUAGAGAUCCUGUCAUCCUCAAUGCUCUACUCCACGUCUGCAAGACCAUGCACGACUCUGUCAAUGCUCUGACGCUGGAGGAUGAGAAGAGAUCUCUGGCCUUAUUGAUCAAUGGCUUCAUACGCAUGGUGUCGUUUGGCCGUGACUUUGAGCAGCAGCUGAGUUUCUGUGUGGAGGCCCGGGCCACCUUCUGUAACCUGGAGCCAGUGCUGGUGCAGCUCAUCCACACUGUGAACCAGCUGGCCAUGGAGACAAGGCGUGUGAUGAGGGGGAGCCACUCCCGCAAGACUGCUGCUUUUGUCAGGGCAUGUGCUGCCUACAGCUUCAUCACCAUUCCCUCCCUCACCAGCAUCUUCAGCCGCCUCAACCUCUACCUGCUGUCUGGGCAGGUGGCCCUGGCCAACCAGUGUCUUUCCCAGGCGGAUGCAUUCCUGAAGGCAGCGGUCAGUGUGUUGCCAGAGGUGCCACGCAGUAUCAGCAUCGAGGGCAAACUGCGCUCUUCUGAGGGCUUCCUGCUUGACUUCAUCAACAACUUCCUGUCAGCACUACUAGUUGUGCCGGACCACCCAGAGGCAGGGGUGUUGUUCCUUGUGCGUGGGCUGCUCAACAUGGUGCAGGACUACACCUGGGAGGACAACAGUGACGCCAAGGUCCAAGUCUACAUCAGCGCCCUGCCACUACUGGCUGCCAUGAGUCAGGAGAGCUACCUCUAUUCCAUCCCCAAAGUGGACUCGAAUGAAACACUUUAUGGAGGAGAUCCCAAGUUUUUGGCAGAGAUCAACAAGUUAUGUGAAACUCUGAUUGGACAAGUGCUGGACCACCUCAAGACCUUGGGUAGAGAUGAGAGUGUUCAUAGACAGGGUAGUCUGGCCUUCUCUCUGUUCGGCUGCCUCCUGGCUCAUGGGGACCUACGCAACAACAAACUCAACCAGCUGGCUGUCAACCUGUGGAAUCUGAGCCACAAGCAGGGCUACUGCAACACACGCACCUCUGUGCGGACACUAGAGUUCAUCAAGCACCAGGCCCAGCAGCCAGACAUGGCUCACUUCUCAGACAUGCUUCAACGCCUCACCUUGCAGUCCAGGACCUGAGGACAUUGACUACAUCCCCUUUUCCCAUAUAUCUAUAUGCACUGUAGGGAUUGCCUCAUCUUAUAAUUGCAUUAUCUGUUUAGUGCCCACGAUCUGUGAACCAGGAUCUUGGAGGGCUGUACAUGUUCUGAUUCUCAUCCUUCAGUAUUUCAUUUGGACCUAGUAAACUAGGUGUGUAGACUAGCCAAUCAACUGAUUAAUUCAUUGCCAGAUUGAUAUGAAAACUCAAGACAGAUCAGUCCUCAAGGACUGGAGCUAGACAGCCCUGCAAACAGAGGUCCUUGGUACCAUUGUUGGAAAGAUUUAAAAAAAUGAAGAUUCAUGCAAUGCCGUUAAACUUCCCUGCAUUUCAGUGAUUGUACACUUGUUUAUGGAUUUGUACUGUACUGAAAUUGUUUCUCCAUUCUGUGCAAACAUUUUGUAUAUCGUUGUAAAAUGUCUGAACGUACGUGAUUUGAAAAAAGCAAAACCAAACCAA